AUGGCAAUAAUUGAUGGUUACUAUUGUAAUCGCAAGGAUGGUUACUAUCGAACUGGCAAGGAUGGUUACUAUCGUAAUGACAAGGAAGGUAACUAUCGUAAUGGCAAGGAUAGUUACUAUCGAAAUGACAAGGAUGGUUACUAUCGUAAUGACAAGGAUGGUUACUAUCGUAAUAACAAAGAUGGUAACUAUCGUAUUGACAAGGAUGGUAACUAUCGUAAUGGCAAGGAUGGUUAUUAUCGUAAUGGCAAGGAUGGUUAUAAUCGUAAUUGCAAAAAUGGUUACUAUCGUAAUUGCAAGGAUGGUUACUAUCGUAAUGACAAAUAUGGAUUCUAUCAAAAUGCCAAGGAUGCUUACUAUCGUAAUGGCAAGGAUGGUUACCAUCGAAAUGGCAAGGAUGGAUGCUACUAUCGCAAUGGCAAGGAUGGUUACUAUCGUCAUGGCAAGGAUGGUAACUAUCGUUAUGGCAAGGAUGGUUACUAUCGAAAGGGCAAGCAUGGUUAUUAUCGAAAUGGCAAGGAUGGUUACUAUCGAAAUGGCAAGGAUGGUUACUAUCGUAAUGACAAGGAUUGUUACCAUCAAAAUGGCAAGGAUGGUUACUAUCGAAAUGGCAAGGAUGGUUACUAUCGAAAUGGCAAGAAUGGUUACUAUCGAAAUGGCAAGGAUAGUAACUAA